AUGCCCUUAUUAAGAGAAGGUCAAUCUAGCGGCGGUUCCCAUGUUUCUGUCGAGAUUGAUGUCACUCCCUGGGCCCAAGAGUUGAGAGAGCGGCAUGAACACCUGACAUCUAGACUCGGUGGUGGAUCUUCUACACCAUGCCCCAUCACCAUCGGCAUGGUCGAACACCUGACCCGCAACGUGGACCCUCAAGAGUACGACCCCCAUCACGUCUCCAUUGGACCUUACCACCGGACAAAGCACCCGCGCCUUGCGAGGGAGGACGAGAAGCUCCUAUGCUUCCAUGCCGUCCGAUCGGCAGCGACACGCGACGACGUGACGGAGGAGGUGCUCCUGAAAGAGGUGUGGCUCUUGGAGGAUCGCGCGAGAAGCUGCUACGCCGACCCGAUUCAAAUGGAAACCAAGGAGUUCGUGCACAUGCUGCUGCUCGACGCCUGCUACGUCCUCGCCCGGUUCACUGACAUCGUCGGCGACGACGAAGGGACGACCGUUGCCGUUGCCAAUGGACAAGUGGAGGGGGAGUGCCACACAAGUAGCGCGGCCUUGGCCUCGGCGCCGGCGGUGCCGACGGCGGGGGGUGACGACAGUGACAGUCUGCAGGACGUCAAGGUGGUGCGCGAUGUCUUGUACCUCGCAGAGAAUCAAAUACCAUUCUUCGUUGUUGCCAAGGUCCACGAGCUCAUCACUGGGGGAAGCGGCACUUGUGCAGUAGGCACCUUCUUGGGGUAUGUUGGGGACCUCCUCAAAAAGCAGCAGUACUCCAUGGCGACGCCGGAGGUAACCGCUCUUUCUGAUUCUGAUGUCGGCAAUCUUCUGCACCUGCUGCACAUGCACUUGAAGCCCACCGGUGACGGAGACGGACCCAAAACCAUCGGCGGCGGCCAGCGGGUGGGUCGUUGGCGUUCGGCCACCGACUACCACUACGCAGGAGUGAGGUUCAAGAGCCGGCCUGUCGGAGCCGACGCAGCCCAAUGCAUCCUGGACGUGAAGCUGGACAGCGGCGGCGGGACACUGCUUGUUCCGCGCCUGACGCUCGACGCCCGGACGCUGGGGCUCCUGCGCAACCUCAUGGGGAUGGAGCAGCGUAACCCGGCCAAGGGUGGCAUGCACGGCAAGGACGUUGAGUUCCUGUGGAGGAGAGGGAUCAUCGUACACAGUCUAGGCAACCAUGCCGAGGUCGCUGACUAUUUCACAAACCUCUGCAAGGGGAUCGUCUUCAAGCUAGACGACCCCAGCAGAAACUACCUGUUAGCAACUUGCGAGGCGCUGGAGAAGCGCUCCAGGAGCCACCCGCGCCGGUGGAUGGCGUGGCUGCGGCGGAAGUACUUCAGCAAUCCAUGGCUUACCACUGGGCUCGCCGUGGCAGCCGUCGUGCUGUUCUGUACCGUGGUGCAAGCAGUAUAUUCCUUUUUGAGUUACAAACAAGGAGCGAACCAAAAACACUAG